AUGGUUUAUCCCCGAGAAAUCGACACUGCCUCGACGGCCUCGAGGAGCGCACUGUCCUACCGCACCCAUGACUCUCCGUGGUCCCAGCGAGACGCGUCGUCCAUCUCGUCGAUGUACAUACCCACCACGCUGCCCGCGCUCCAGACUAAGGGUGGCAUGGACAAUGACGGGCUCGAGCCAUUGCGCGAGGAAGAAUAUGACCCCGCCUCCUUUGAUCUUGUUGUGCCAGCACACGCACUAGGCAAGCAGUACACCCUCGAAACACAAUCCGAGCUACUCUUCUCCAUCAAGCACCUCAAGGUGAUAUUUGAGGAUCCUUUACUGCUCCAACGAUUCUCAAACUUCCUUUCCUCGUCGCGGCCAGACUCGUUGCCUCUGUUGGCCUACUACUUGGACACCCUCAAGGCGCUCAAAGCCAUUGACUACGCCAAUGCUCUGACGGGCUCACUCAAGACCAUAAACGGGCUUCAAUUCACCCAAGAUCCUGUCACCAGCACCAUCAACAAUGCGCUGCGCAAGAGGGCUGACGAUACCUUCGAGGUCAUGGCCAACCACGACCUGCCUGCCUACAUCACGCAUACAUUCAUCCAGACAGUCAGUGUGACCAUGAAGCGGAGAAUAACAGACACGCUGUCGCCGCAAUUGAGGGACAUGUCAGAAGGACUUGCCGAAGUUUUCUGUUUAUCUGACCCAUCACGACCCGACAACCCCAUCGUCUUUGCAAGUGAAGAGUUCCACAGAACGACCCAGUACGGCAUGAACUAUGCCAUCGGUCGGAACUGUCGCUUCCUCCAGGGCCCCAAAACCAACCCUUUUAGUGUACGGAGGAUCCGAGAGAAGCUCGAAGCCGGCAAGGAACACUGCGAGACAUUCCUCAACUACCGCCGCGACGGCUCCCCUUUUAUGAACCUGCUCAUGGUGGCUCCGUUGUAUGAUUCUAGGGGUGUCGUGCGCUACCACCUGGGCGCACAAGUCGAUGUGUCUGGUCUUGUCAAGGAAUGCUCAGGCUUGGACUCGCUUUCGAGACUCAUGCAGCGGGAGAACCCUGAGCAGUACCCAGGUGAGGCGCCCGUUCAACAUCACUCAGACCACAACAAGGACGAAUUCCGUGAGCUGGCUGAGAUGUUUGAUCUCUCCGAGCUCAAGACAGUACGAGAGUCGGGUGGUGCUCUGCACCGCAUGCACCAGGAGGAGGUGAAGAACUCGGACACCAUGCCAGCCAACUGGAACAGGCCGAGGUUGGUCAUCUCUGACGACGCCUCAAUCAACCGGCGGCCAUCAGAUCCGAUUCUUCAUGAGUCGGUCAACACAUACCGGGGCGGACGCCUCAGCGGUAUCUUCCAGCACUAUCUGCUCGUCCGACCAUACCCAAACCUACGUAUCCUCUUCGCAUCGCCAUCACUACGUGUUCCCGGCAUGCUGCAAAGCCCGCUCCUGUCGCGCAUCGGAGGUUCUGACCGCGUUCGGGACACCCUCUCUCAUGCUUUUGCCGAUGGCCACGGCAUAACUGCCAAGAUCCGCUGGCUGUCACGGUCAGACAUGCAAGCCCAAAGCCACCACUCGCGCGUCAUGAACCAUGAGAGCCAUGGCGAGGGCGGUGGUCAACCUCCACCAGCGUCUCGAGGCCGUAGCCGCUGGAUUCAUUUUACACCACUGCUAGGCUCCAACGGCGCGAUCGGUGUCUGGAUGGUUGUUCUGGUCGAUGAUGACUCUGAGCCCUCUCCAAGAAACACACCCUCCAUGGCCACCAAAACUCAGCACGAACCUUGUCACUCGUAG